AUGGACGUCCUGGCGAACCACAGUAUAUUUCAGGAACUUCAGCUGGUGCACGACACCGGCUAUUUCUCCGCCAUGCCUUCGCUGGAGGAGAACUGGCAGCAGACCUGCCUGGAGUUGGAGCGUUAUCUACAGACAGAGCCCAAACGUCUGUCGGAACUCUUUGACCAUGACUUGGAUGGACUCUUGACUCCAGCUUACUUGAAGGAGGAUGGCGAAGAAGAGCUAGCUGACGUACUACUCCCUAGCAUACAUGAGCCCCCGAGUCCUCAGACGAUGAUAUACUGCCCCACACGGAAAAACUUACCCUCUACUACUUCAAUAAAAUCUGAACCAAAGGUACCAGAAUCCACAGAAGGGAUGGAAGGUGUUCACCAGGCUCAGCUCAGUGCCGUCACCUCCCUAACACCCCCCUCCUCACCAGAACUGGGUCGGCAUCUGGUAAAACCAAACCCAUCCCUAACGUCGUCUGCUGAUGGGACGCUCACCCUCAAACUGGUGGCCAGGAAGGUCGGCCUUAGUGCUGCUCGACUGGUGGCGUCGCACCCUCUCCCUGUGCAGGUAAAGGACGAGGAUGAGGGAGUAUCCUGUGUGCUAGGCGAGCUGCCAGAGAACAAGAAGAGGAUCCAUCGCUGUCAGUUCAACGGCUGUAGGAAGGUUUACACCAAGAGCUCCCACUUAAAAGCCCAUCAGAGGACACACACGGGUGAGAAGCCCUACAAGUGCUCAUGGGAGGGCUGCGAAUGGCGUUUUGCGCGGAGCGACGAGCUGACGAGGCAUUACCGCAAACACACCGGCGCCAAACCCUUCAAGUGCAACCACUGCGACAGGUGUUUCUCACGGUCGGAUCAUUUGGCGCUGCACAUGAAAAGACACAUCUGA